CAACUGGUGUCCCAUCUUCUUUUUAGUUUUCUGAUUAAUAUUGUUUUGUUUUGUCUCAUACUUUUAUCAAUGUAGUUUAUGUUAUGUACACGGAAAAGAAUAUGGAACCUUUUUAUAUUUUGUUUAUGCUUUGAUUCUUCAAGACAUGAGGGGCAGGGGAUUAAGUUCUCUCUGUGAAGUCUUGCAACUUGAAAUCAAAUGUCAAGACUGGGGAAGGAAUAAUUUAUGUUCAACAAGGAGCAAUAGGAGUUUCUUUCCCCAGUAUCUCCAAGUAGGGCUGCAAGAUACUGGUAAUCCUUCCUGAAACUCUGAAGAACCACUUCCAGUCAGUGUAGACAAAACUGAGCUAGAUGGGAAGAUGGUCUGACUCAACAUAAGGCAACUUCCACUGCGACCAUGCUAAUACUCCAACUAAGAGGUUGGAGAUGGAGGCUUGACUGAGUCGUGCCUAUUAGGAACUUGGGUUCCACCAAAGUAAGAUUUUGAAUUGUUGAACCAAUCUCAGAAGGUGAUUCACAUAACUAUAUCCCGGUGGUUUCAAAAUGCUGUUGAAUAGGUUUUGUGAAUGAUUCAACACUUGUCCACUUUGUGAGUCACUACAACCAGGCUUAACCCAUCCUUGGAAAAACGUCAAUAAUAGGGUGAAUUGUGAUUUUGGAAAAAAUAUACAAUGUCCAUUACACAUUCUAAAUGACCAAAAAGCCAAACUGGGUUGACUUCAUUAUAUGCAAAUGUCUAUGAUUGAAACUUGAAACUUACUUGUAUCAUCAUGAGACAGAAUUAUGGCUUUGUUCAAACCAAAGAUCAUGAAAGUGGACUCAGAUGUCCUUGAUCUGGUUAUUAGAACAGCAAAUGUUGGGAUUUUCCAUUUGGUAUCUCUUUAUCACCAACACAUCUUUGUCUGUUUCUCUCCCCCUCCUCCUGUUUUUGAUGCUGGCUGUACAUGCAACACCAAGACUAUGCUGAACAACACCUCGGCCCCUGAAUUCAUCCUACUGGGCUUCUCUGGAUUCCAGGAGUUUCAGACCCUGUUGUUCUUCAGUUUCUUGGUAGUCUACCUCUUCAUUCUCCUUGGCAAUGCCUUGAUCAUUCUCCUCUCAAAUAUGGAUGUGGCUCUACAUGUCCCCAUGUACUUCUUCCUGAGCAAUUUCUCAUUCCUAGAGAUGUGCUACACCUCAGUCACAGUUCCCUGGCUGCUGGGGGGCUUUCUCAAUGGCCCCCAAGCCGUCUCCUUGCAGGCUUGCAUCACCCAGAUGUAUUUCUUCUUCUCGCUUGGUACCACAGAAUUUUUCCUCUUGGCUAUUAUGGCCUAUGACAGGUACUUAGCCAUCUGCCAGCCACUGCAGUAUCCUGUGCUCAUGAACAGCUGUGUCUGUGCUUGCCUAGCCUGCAGUUGCUGGCUGGGGGGCUUCCUGACCCCCUUCUUGCCCAUAGCCUUCAUCUCCCAGCUCCCCUUCAAUGGCAGCAACCAGAUCAACCACUUCUUCUGUGACACGAGCCCCUUAAUUAACUUAUCGACUGGAGACACCUUCAUGGCUGACACAAUGGUCUUUCUUGUCUCUGCAGUGAUUGUGCUUGUGUCCUUUCUCCUGACUUUGACUUCUUAUGCCCUGAUUGUUUCUACCAUCUUGGAUCUCCCAUCUGCUUCUGGAAGGCACAAGACCUUUUCCACAUGUGCCAGCCAUCUCACCGUGGUCACCAUCUUCUACAGCACUGUCAUCUUCAUGUACCUCUGUCCACAUUCCGGUCAGACUUCUGAACUGGAAAAAGUGGUAUCUGUGCUCUAUACUGUCAUCACCCCAGUGCUGAAUCCCAUCAUCUAUACCCUCAGGAACAAAGAUGUGAAAAAAGCCUUGGGAAAGGUCCUCAGCCGAGUAAAAAACACAUGUCUGAAGAACACACAGAGAACUGCCCUUAUUGUAUUGUCAUGAACCUCGGCAUACUCAAGUUGCUUGUGCAUUGCUGUGAAUUUGCACUGAGAAUUUUGUAACAAGACAGGUAUUUGUUAAAUGCAUUUUAGUUUAUAUUAAAACUACAUUUCAAGGUCUUUGUAAAGAAACAUGACGGCAUCCCAAAAGAGUCAUCUAAAAAUAAUUACAAGCAAUAUAUUAUCAACACACAAUUUGUGCUGAGCACUUGUCUGCAGGGGUCUUUUGUUGUUGGGGUCCAUUAUUCUUUCAGUGACAGACAUAAAAAAACUCAUGCACUAAAGCCAGGUUAGGGAGAUCUUUCAUAAGUUCAGGACAUUUCUUUUCUACGCAACUGUCAUUUUCUGAUAUAUUUACAUUACAGUAA